GUCUGUAUGUAAUGUAGGGGAUGUGGCUACGUUAUCAGGACUGGUCAGACAGCGCAGGUCUGUAUAUAAUGUAUUAUCAGGACAGGCUCAGGCCGUGUGGGCUUCUUGUCCCGUAGGAUGGAACAGGCAGCACGUGGCCCUUCGGGCCGCAGAUGGACGGUACCUGAGACGCGCGCUCUGCUGGAUUGGAUCAGAGACAUGGGCUUCAUCUCUUGUCUGAACCGUAAAGGCUGUCAGAACCGGCACGUGUUUAAGAGGCUCCACACGCUCCUGGGCCGCGGCGGCGUGAGGGUCCGUGAGCCGGAGGUCCGGGCCCGCUGGCGCUUUCUGAAAGUGAAGUUCUGGCGGUUGAAGCGCUUGGCGGACGCCGGACUGGCCCCCGCGCCGGUUAUCGGUGCCGACUUCCCCUUUUAUGCGGAGAUGGAGCAGCUGCUGGCACCGCAGGCUCCCGGUGGGAGGUGGAGGAGGGAGGCGGACAGCACCGGCUCAGCGCCGUCUCCUCUCCCAUCCCCCACUGACUCCGGGGAGGACAGAAUGGCCGACGGCAGCGACUUGAAUCGGCAGGAAGGGGAGCUGGGGCCCCCGAGACUGAAUGUGGACCCCACACCUGACCUACUCAGAGAUGCACCCCAAGAGGGGUGGGAACCUGCACCAGGCCUGGGAAAUGCCCCCCAGGAAGGCACAGCCUCGCACGGGGGGUCGCUGCAGAUAGCUGUGCUCUCUCUCCAGGCCGUGAUGCAGCAGUUGCAGGAAGUGAUGGAGAGGAUGUCGCGCAGCCUGGACCGUCUCUCCGGGGCGGAGGAGCGCGUCUCCGUCCAGCUCGGUUACCUCUCCUCCUUUGUGGUCCAGAUGAGCGGGGCCAGCGAGGGGCCCCAGGGCCCGGCAGGAGAUCAGGAACCCGACAUGCGGAGGUCGCAGGGAUCCCGAGCGCCGCGGAGGAGUCUGCGCCGAAAGAGGCCGAUAACCUAACGGAGUCCAGCGUGCGAGGGGUUAAAGCGUGUUCAGUAAUGAUGGAUCCGUGUACAGAGAGCCGGGACACAGGAAGCCCCGAGGGGGCGGGGCCAGCGGGAGUGCUGUGGGUCACUGUGCCUUUUCUUUUGUUUAAUGCUCCUUGUGGCCCCCGGGGGCCGUUAUGUUUAUCAUACAGAUUUUGCUUUAUUCAGUAAAAGGUUUAAUCUGACUUUA